AUGUCAACCCACGAUCUCAGUCACUAUGAUCCAGCAGUCGAGGAGGUGAAGAAGGCUUUGGCACUUGCUGAAUCUUCAGGGGCUGUCCCUGAGCUUAUUGAGACCUUGAAGUCAGCCCUGCAGCUGGUGGAGCUUCGUGAGGACUUUGCUCAUAAUGCAACAUCUAAGGAAAGUGCAGCACUCAAAGGGAUUUUGGAUGAGACUUACAGUCACGACUGGGACUCUGUGCACCAGCAGGGAAAGUCCUUGUGGAAGCUUUCACCAAUAAUGAUGAGUGGACCGCUUGAGGGUCAGUUUUUAAAAUCUCUGGUCAGUAUCCAAAAGGCGAAACGUGUGCUAGACAUCGGCCUCUUCACAGGAUAUAGCGCUGUUUCCAUGGCGGAGGCUCUACCAGCUGAUGGUGAAGUGGUGUCACUUGAGAUUGAUGAAUACCUGAAGCCGCUGGUUGAAAAUCUGAUUAAAGACUCACCACAUCAUAAGAAAGUGAGGAUUAUUACUGGGAAAGCUCUAGACGCAUUGAAAAAUUUGGAUGCUGAUGGAGAGAAGUUUGAUGUAGUGUUUUUAGAUGCGGACAAGGCAGAAUAUUUGGAUUAUUUUAAGGUUCUGGUUCCCAUCCGAGAUGGUGUUCUGAUCAUUCGAAGAGUGUCAGAUGUUGAGGGCAGCGUCUAA